CAGAGGGCAGAUAUCAAUGUAUCAACAUUCUAUCAACAUUCUACUGUAACCCUAGCAGCAGGCGUUUGCGAUUGGCCAGAACAGGCAUUAAAGAUCAGCCCUUCUGCCACAGUUCACGAUUGGAUUGGGUCUUCACAGUUAUCAAUCUUUAGGUGGAUUUUAGUUGAGGUGCAGUUGAUAUGGACUUGGAAGUUCCCUAGAUUCUGAACUGUGCAGCUAGAAUUGAUCUCACCGAUUUUUUAUUUUUAUUUUUAUAAAAGGAUUGCAAAGUGUAUACAUAUAUAUUUUUUAAUAAUACGACAUCGACAUGGAACUGAAUUCUCUUCUAAUUCUUCUCGAGGCUGCUGAAUAUUUGGAAAGAAGAGACAGAGAAGCAGAACAUGGUUAUGCAUCCGUUUUACCGUACAAUAGCGACUUUUCCAGAAAGAGAACGAAAGCUUCAACAAUUUCAAGAAAAACGCAGAACAAUAGGUCAUCACAUAAUGAGCUUGAAAAACACAGACGUGCCAAACUGCGGCUUUAUCUUGAGCAGCUGAAACAGCUGGUGCCCCUGGGGCCGGACAGCACCAGACAUACCACUCUGAGCCUACUGAAACGAGCCAGGAUGCACAUCAAGAAAUUGGAAGAGCAGGACCGGAAGGCUUUAAACGUAAAAGAGCAGCUUCAGCGAGAACACCGCUACCUCAAGCGCAGACUGGAGCAGCUCUCAGUGCAGGGCCUGGAGAGAAUCCGCACGGACAGCAUGGGAUCAAUCAUCUCCACCGACUCCGAGCAGGAGGUGGAUAUUGAGGGGAUGGAGUUUACGCCAGGGGAGAUGGACAGCUUAGGCAGCGUCAGUGAUGGUGAUGACCACUACAGUGUCCAGAGCAGCUCGAGCGAUGGCAGCUACAUACAUUCCUGCAGGUUACAAGCCAGGCCCUCUUAGUGCGGCUGGACCAAACUCGCCAGCAAAACCACCUGAAAACUGAGGGCACUUCUACAGCAACACCGCAAACAGCAACAACAACAAAAUAAUAUUCUAGGUGUCAACUGCCACUCUUCUAGGAAACCAACCCGCAGAUACCCUAAAAAGUGAUGUUCUCCUUCCCACAGUCCUCUCUGCAUUGUGACCACAGAAUCAGGUAGCAGAGCAAUUUAGGGUUUUAGCGGCGAGAGUUGUGGUGUGGUGUACAGUUUUGACUUGGUAUUCAGAACCCUUUAAUAAUAAUAAUAAUAAUAAUAAUAAUAAUAAUAAUAAUAUUAAAUGUGCCUUGAUAGUCUAUUCCAGAAAUUGCAUUACAAAAUAAAAAAAACAUUUUCAUGAUUGUCGAAGGCUGUAACAACAAAAACCUUGUAACUACUGUAGAAGCACAAAAAAGGCAGCACCAGCAUUUAGGGCAUUUUCCAGCACUUGGGAAUCACCCUGGAUGUCAUGGCUUCUCUAUCCCUGGUUAUCCAGAGAUUACUCCAAAGGUUGAUGUCCUGUGCUGUAAAAAACAAAACAAACACCCGCUGUGAUAUAUCCUGGUGGGGGAAUACUGUCCUGGCAGUUUUUUGCAAUCGCCCACGUUCUGCAGAAUGCAUCUUCUAUGUAUUCCACUCAGCUGGGAUCUUGUUCAUAUUGCAACUGUAGAGCUUGCGCUUAGGUCGUGUUUUUAUUGUUCACAGCAGUCGACAUUGAAAAUGUGUGUGUGUGUGUCUCUCUCUCCCUCUCCCUCUCCCAGAAGUGCAAUAUUAGGGUUCUGUGGAAGCAUAACGCAUUUAUACCCCCUCCGUCCGAAAGAAAGAAGGACACAAAUGGAAAAAUAAUGUCCCUCUAAUGAUUACCACUUGCUUUGGUCAUGAAAAACACUCAAUCGUAACAUCUAAUGUAUAGAAUAGUACUAAAAAGCAGUGUUACUGACAUUUCUUUGGGGGGGGGGGGGGGGCAAGAGAGAAUCAAGCUCAAAACUGUACAGAGAAAAAUCCCAGCUCUAAUGAUUAGCCUUUGUUAUGAUUAUUUCAUUGUUAUCUUGCAUUUCAGUGGGUGUAGUUGUACCAGCAGUUUAUAUGGCUUUGUGAGGUUCAUUCAUGCGGAUUUGAGCAAGGCAGGAGAAUCUGGGCCUUUCCAAGAUGGGCAUAGGUGCUUUUGUGUUUAGUUUUUUUCUAAUUGGCUUUCCUACAUACACAGAAACUGCAUUUUAACAUUUAGGCUAAAAGCAUUUGCUUAAACAGUAUUUGCAUAGUUUUAACUCACAUUCUCUUUGCAGCAUCUGGAUAUUACAUAUAUGUUUAGCAUUACAGUAUAGGCAUAUGGUCAUUCUUUUUUCAUGGGGGGCUGGAGGGGGGGGGGGGGGAGUGUGUGCUCUCAUUUGCACACCAUAUUCAGUAUUCACAGGGGAGCAUUUUAAUUACAAUUAGCAAUACUAUGACUACUGCUACUACUACUAAACUCUGUUUUUGUGCAAUCGCAGCUUGGUUCAGUCAUUAGAGCACAGCCUAUGAUGAAGUUCACAAUGGAACGGUCUUGAGAAAGGUCUAAAAAAAAAAAAGAAGAAAAAUUACAUAAUAAAAAAAAAAAAUGCUAUGAAACACUUUAGAGAAGGUUUUUUUUUGUUUUUUUUGCAAGUGUAGUCUGUUUCCUGUAAGAAAUUUUGUAUUCUAUUUUCCUAAAUGUUCUCAAAAAAUCUGGCUUGUAUGGGGGAGGGUGUGGAUGAUAAGACCCAGAACCAGAGUCUCAGGGACUCUGCCAUUGCUAUAUUUUGCUUUGGUGACUGUUAAUGGAAGCCCUCCUUUUUGUUCAAUAAGGCAGCUACACUCUGUUAUAAUGAACAGGCUUUACCAAGACCAGAGGUUGUAGCAGGCUUCUGACCUAGUGAGAUGUGGGUUUAUUUUGUAUUAUUUUUUAAAUUCUAUUCUUCUGUAUGUCAAAUGAGGCUGUGACCCUUUUUUUGUUUUCAGCCUUAAGGCUUGAUGCUACAGGGAACUUUCUGUACAUAUUUUCAACAUAGAAGGAAUAAAAACAUUUAAAAUAUCCUCCCUGUACAACUUCAGUCUUGAAGACAUGAAGAAAAAAACUAUAGCAGCUUGAAAAGGUGCAGUAAAAGUGAAAUGGCAGAGGAAAAAAGACAAAACCAAAAACAGGCUUUUAGACUGCAGUUCACUGUAGGUGUAGAUUACAGCAGUGUAAUUAAUAACUUCUCACUGCAGUUAAAAAUGAAUUGACUUCACAUGUGAGCCAUGGGAAUUCAGUGGCUUUUUCAAGAGGCCCUACACUGGCCAGUAAAUAGCUGGUCGGGCUCUGUCUUGAAUCGCUGUACGCUCUGCAGUGAAUCUUCUUGCAGUAUGAUUGCUCCAGUCUUCAGGCUGCAGGUGUUUGACAGGGUACUUUCUGGUGACACCUGGCUGUAGAACAGAGUUUAGCUGCCUUCCCAUCUGCGCUGUGGCCCGAGGGUGCCCUGAUUGGUGGCAUCGUCAUGGCAGCUUGAAGUCCUUGUUUGCAUUGUUGCCUACCACUAGAAUGACUUGCAAACAAGGAAAAUCCUACACUUGUUGUUUUUGUUUUGUUAAGUUACAAAUCUUUUUACGAUCCUUGUUUGUUUUAACGGGGAGGGCAGGGGAAAAAAAACAUAACAAGAAAAAGCAACGGCAGCUAACCCCCCCCCC